AUGGGCCCUGUCACUUUCACUAAGAGACCGAUGGUCGCAGGUCGCGGGUUUCACCGCUGGAUGGCACUCUUGGCGCAAACUACCGUAGCUUGUUCACACACACCGUGCCUGCAGGCUGUCAGCUGGGCUCAGAGUGGUCCUAACCUCUCUCAUAGUAUAGUAGCACCCCACGCCCGCUCUGUCAUUCAGGAGAGAUUACUUCUAGCACCACAGAUCCAGUGUGAGCCUGGGGGUCUCGUGGGGGGCCCGGUAAAACUCCCCGUGGUUGCGGAGAUUGCUUUCCAUCCUCGGUUCGCCCUGGUAUUUCCGCCCCCAGCAUGGAGAGGAUCAGAAGUCGCCUGUCUGAUUCGUGUGCCGACUGAAGUGGUAAAGCAGAGAGCACAGGCCAAUCCCUCCCUUAGUACCUACCGGGUACUGCUGAAUACUCUACAAGAAGAGGGUUUCAGAGGGUUAUACAGAGGUUAUGGCAGCACAGUACUUAGGGAGAUUCCAUUCUCUCUGGUGCAGUUUCCACUCUGGGAGUACCUAAAGGCCGUGUGGUGGAGGAGGCAGGGGGGACGGCUGGACUCUUGGCAGGCAGCAGUGUGCGGAGCUCUCGCAGGUGGAGUAGCAGCGUUCGUCACAACUCCAUUGGAUGUGGCGAAGACUCGGAUAAUGUUGGCUAAGGCUGGGACAAGCACAGCCAGUGGAAACAUCCCAAUGGUUUUGUAUGAAGUGUGGAAGAGCCGAGGAAUACCUGGGCUGUUCGCCGGCAGCAUCCCCAGAGUGACGUUCAUCAGCAUGGGAGGCUUCAUUUUCCUCGGCGCUUAUGAGAAAGUGCGCCGUACGCUUUUAUAAACUCCAUCUUCAUGGAACAGUGUGGGUCGGUUUGUACUGGACCGGUUUCCUCAACCCAAACCCUGACUGUACGGCCAAAACUGCAAAACGAGGUCACAGACCAGCAAAAUCAGCACUACAGAUGAGUGGAGGUUGGUCAGAAUCUGACUGAGAAACGCACCCUCUGUCCCAGUUUGAACCGCUGGUCUUGAGGGCCAUGGCUAGGACACCUGGUGCCUGGAUAAAAAGAUCACAUAACACAUGGGUUUGCAUUCCUGCUCAUCAGUGCACAACAGAUUGAGUUUAACUGCCUGAAUUCCACUUAUAUUGCACCACAGAUCGGGUUCAAACUCAAAUGUCAUUUUUGCAAGCCUAUGUGAAUCGAUUAAAAAAGCUUUUUUACAAAAAUGAA